GGGCGAAAAAAUAAAGGGGUUGAUGCUUGCAAAAUGCAUGCAAUGCAAGUGUCAACAUGCAUUUCAGAACAGCUAAAUAAAAACCUCAAUCUGCUGCUACUUCCAAACCCUGCAGCAGGUCAACAAGUCUGGAAUUGAGCAGACAUAGUCCUGCUAGAUAUAAAACAUUGCAAAAGUGUGCACACACAGGCUUUGACUUGUUAAAAGGGGCUGCACACCUUUUUUUACCACAUUCCACAGACGAACAUAGCAGUGCUUGCAGGAAGACGACAACAACUAAACACAUUGACUAAUUCUCUUAUCCAUCUAUUAGAGGAGACUUGGACAGAUGGCAGAGGAAGACUUUCGGCCUUUAUCAGAGGAAAUAAGUUCCUUCUGUCUGGUAACCGAGGCUCGUUCAGGGACACAAGUUACCCAGCCCUUCCCACGCUCUCCAAAACUGAUCAGGAGAACUGGAGCCAACUCUCCGAAACCCUCCGAGCUGCCAGUCUGGUUGGAUGACUUGAAGAAGGAGAGGAAAAAAACAGAGUCCCAUCUGGAAUCAAUUAAAAAGCGGCAAGCAAACCUGAAUAUGAGCUCAGAGGCCAUGAAGCAGCAGGUACAGGAGUGCUUCGAGGAGCUACAUAUGGCUCUGCAGGAGGAUGAGAAGGCUGUUCUGGACAUGAUCGAGCAAGACCGCCGGGAGACCAGCAGUAAACUAAACCGAAUCCUUCAAGACUGGAAUCAACACCUCAGUCUCCUGCAGAAACACAUCAGUGCUAUUCAAUCAGCUCAACAGAGCCCAGCAGAGUCGAUGAAGCAGCCAUUUCCUGAGGAUUUUACAUUGGCUAGCUGUCGUAAGAAACUGGACCCAGCUGAAGGGGAGAUAAAAAUGAAUGAAGAAAGGAUCCAUAAGCUCAUGAAGGUUCUUAGGAACAUCUCAAAAGAUCUGAAAGCCCAGCUCCAACGAAAGAACCUGCUUCUGGACUCCUUCAAUGUGUCGAUUGACAAACAGAGCUGUCACAAACAGAUCAAGCUGAGCUCAGAAGGACGGGGCCUGUGCCUUUCCUCAGAGGAUCGCUGCGUUCCCAAUGAGCCUCUGAGGUUUGAUCAGUUAUACUGCGCCUUGGGCUCUGCUGCUAUCACAUCUGGGCAGCACUACUGGGAGGUAGAUGUGCAAUGCUGUCCAUCAUGGGCUGUGGGCGUGGCUUAUGGCAGCCUACAGAGGAGAGGACGGGACAAAGGUGCCAAGCUCGGAAGGAACAGGUGCUCGUGGAGUCUUGAGUUUCAGAAUGGGCAUCUCACGGCCUGGCACAACGAUCGGCAUGUGGCACUACCCGUCACAGCAGCUCGGGCAGCACCCAACAGAAUAGGGGUGUUUGUAAAGUAUCAGAAGGGCCGUCUGGUGUUUUAUGAUGCUGAGACUAUGAGAACGCUACAAGAGUUUUCAGCAGUGCAAAACGCUGUGUUUGAAAGAGCACAUCAUCAGUUUACUGAGCCUCUCUACCCUGCCUUCCGCUUUUUUUCACCCAAAGACAAAGGCCAUGAUCAUAUGGAAAUAUGCGAUCUCAGUCUAUAGUUAUUAUUACCAUAAUAAAACAAUAAAAUUAAUAAACAGUAUUUAUUUCAAGCAGAGAUCUUUUGUAACAUUGUUUUAGAACAUAACUGACACUUUUGAUCUAUUUAAUCUUUACUGAAUAAUAUCGUUAAUUUCUUUAAAAGACUAAAAAAUUUUGAACGGUAACGUAUAUUAUAUUUCUUAGAUAAAGGGCAAUCUUUAUGAGCACUAACAGUUAUUAAUAGUGCAAGCAUAUAAUAUAUAAGCCUAUGUCUUGUACCAAAAAAGCAAAGGUUAUCAAGGUAAACUGGAGGAAUGGUCAACUUUUCUACCUUAUGCAAAAAAAAAAAA